AUGUCGGACAACCCACCACGGGACAGGUCAAUUACUACAUGGUUCAAGUUCAAGCUUCCAGAGGACAUUUUGCUAGAUGAAUCAUUAUUCCAUGCUUUGCACCCAACCAUGAAAGAGUGGUCACAUGCCUGCUACGGAAGAGUCAAGGAAUCUCCGCAAGACUGUGUGCUUCUACUCAAUUGGUAUCGCACCAGAUCCUGGCUUGAGUUCUCGCAGUCCGAAAGCUAUGCAGAGUUGCUUUCCAGCCUUGGCGCUCACUCAGAUGUUCCAGUCGUAACUGAGAUCAUCGACUUCAACAGGGACUACGUCACAAUCGCACUGUCGUCUCAUACCGAAUUAAAGAGAGUCUAUUUCCCAUCCUCAAUCUCACAAGAAACGCGACGUGCCGUAUGGGACAGAGUGCGACAUCUGGCGCCUUCAGUUGCCUAUGGGAAGAAGUUUCAGCAUAGAAACCCCUAUCUAAUGGGCCCAAGCUUGGGUUGGGUUGAAGAGGAUGUGAGAUGGGAGGGGCAGGAGGCGGUAGCGUGUGUCUGGGUUCAUAAGUGGAAGAGUCAGGAAAUCGAGGAGAGAUUCAAAGCCACUGCACGGUAUCCCCACAUGAAGGAUGGCGAGCUUAUAAAACCUCUGACUCUUGAUCUAUUUGAGCAAGGUCUAAGGGAUUUGGGCGCUUUGGGCUGGGAGGAAUGUCACGUAGGCUUUGAAACGCACUGUUAUAUCCCGUAA